AUCGAUAGAAACCGUAUAAUUUUUUCAUUCCACGUCCUGACGGCAAGAUAGAAGGCAGCAAAUUUUCAACGAGUUUUUAUUUCGUCAAAUUGUUGGGAACGCUUUUGAAUUUUCAAACUAUCAAGCCAACAAAUCAAAAUUAACGAUGGAUAAUCAGGAACCAACAGACGCCAAUAGCUCCCGUCAACGUCAACCGAAUACGGGUAUCGAGCCCGAGGAACGAGGUGGCCCUAUGACGGGUCCCUUUGGAAUUCCGCGACAACGCCGCCAGCCUAGCCGCGGAAGAAAUGCGGCGGACGAUGAACCAAAUGAUGCGAUGCGUCGUCGUCGAAGAUCCCGUUCGUCUAGAGGCUCUCCUCGUAGGCGAAGUAGCAGUCGCCGUCGUAGACGCAGCCGCAGCCGUAGUCGGGGACGAAGAUAAACCUAAGGCGCGAGGAAGUGAGUGAAAUCAAGACUGUGUGCUAAAAAAUUUCAGGGAAACCGCAUUAAUAAAACGAUUUUUUAGCAAUA